CCCCUCGUCUUGCUUGCUCGCACGCGCCUUGGAUCGUCACACGUCACACGUCCAAAUCCCCAAUCAAGAUGGACGCAAGCAAUCUACCUGCACGUCGUACACCUCACUGGGCGCUCUACCAGAAAGAGUGUUUUCUCCUUCCUUCCCAAAAGGGUCACUUGCCACCCUUCAACACGCAUCCUCUCCAUCUUGAAAGUCUAGCCAAAGAGAGACUUUCAGCAGGAGGCUGGUCCUACGCCCAUUCGAAUGCCGGUGUGGAUAAGACGCACGAUGCUAAUAGAGAGGCAUUCGAUAGGUGGAAAAUCAUACCUAGAAUGCUCGUCGAUACCACUCAUCGCGACACCACGGUAAAGCUGUUUGGAAAGACACUCAGCGCUCCCAUCGGCUUGAGUCCGAUCGGACUGAACAAGAUCUAUCACCCUCUAGGCGAAUUACCUGUAGCCAAAGUAGCAGGCGAAUUGGGUCUAGCCUAUUCUCUCUCCACAGCCGGCUCUCAACCCAUCGAAGACUGUGCGCUGCACAACGCGGACGAAGGCUUGAAAUACUAUCAGCUCUACCUACCUCACGAUCCAGAGCUCACUCAUUCCCUGCUGCAACGCGCUCACGAAUCGAAUUACGAUGCUUGCAUCAUGACGCUCGACACGGAUCAGUUGGCUUGGAGACAUGACGAUGUUGCGCUCAGCAAUUACGCGCCAUAUAGAAGUGGCACGGGAGCAGAGAUCGGACUCAGCGAUCCCGUCUUCCUCAAGAGGCUGCAAGAGGCUGGCAUUGAUGCCAAAAAGCAUCCCGAAAAGGCAGGCGAGAAGUGGAUCGAUACGGUG